AAUGAAAGAUUGAGACUGUUUUACUCAAGAGGACCAAUGGAUUCCAAGAAGUCUAACAAGAUCAGUGAGAUAGUUAGGCUUCAACAGAUCCUCAAGAAGUGGAAGAAGCUUGCAAAUGCACCAAAGAACAGCAACAGCAGCAGCAGCAGCAGCAGCAAGAGCAGUAGCAGUAGCAGCAACACCAACAGCAUUAGUAAUAAUGGCAGUAAAAGCAUCAAAUUUCUUAAGAGGACACUCUCUUUCUCUGAUGUAUCUGCUUCAGUUUCUGCUGACACUGUACCUAAAGGAUUCCUGGCUGUCUGUGUUGGAAAGGAACUGAAGAGAUACAUAAUCCCAACAGAGUAUCUGGGUCACAGAGCAUUUGGGAUCUUACUGAGAGAAGCAGAGGAAGAAUUUGGAUUUCAAAAUGAAGGAGUUCUUAGGAUUCCUUGUGAAAUAUCUGUGUUCGAAAAGAUUUUGAAGAUGGUAGAGCAGAAGAAGGAUGAGUCGUUCAUCAUGAAUGAAUUUGGGUUUAGUGGAGAGGUGGAGAUGUCUGGCUUUUGCUCAUCAGAAGCAGAGCUUACUCCAUCUCGCCAUCCUCCAAAGCCAAUGUGCAGAUAACUUGGUACUUAAUUUCCUUUUUGGAACUUUUUGUUAAACCUUUUUUUCUUCUCUUUCGUGUGAAGGCAAUGUGCGAGAGAGAGAGAGAGAGAGAGAGAGUAGCAGUAGGGGGAGAAUGAAAAUUUGGAGAUUUAGUAAUCCAAAA